GGAAGUGAUUGAAAGUUAUUUAUGAAAUGGAUUGGAUUUGUAUCCAAAUAAAUAAAUGUUCCGAUACCUAGUACUGAAGAAAGUGAAAAAAUCGAUUUGACCAAUUUAUACUGUUCUGCGCAUGUGAAAUGGACAUCUUUGCAAAAGUCUAAAUAAAAACAGUCUACUCAUUUACGAUGGGAAAUAAACAAAGCUAAAAAUGUUGUCAUCUUUUGAAAAAUGUAAUAAUGACUUAGAUUGGAAAGAAAACAACAAGAUUUCAACCAUAUCUGAGUCAUUUUCUCAGCAUCCAGAUGAAACUUAUGAUACAGAUCCCACGGAUAUAGAUUGUGAUGAAAUCCAAUUGAGGCGAAAGCUCAUUAUAGAUAAAUGGAAAUCAAUAUUUGAUUCUAUUGAUCCAGAAGGAUUUGGGGAAAUUGCAUGGGAUGAUUUUAUAUCGGCAAUAAAUUUUUCUAAUAUUCAACAAUAUGUUCCGGUGAACAAACAAGAGGAGCUUUAUUAUCGCACAUCAAAGAAAGGUUCGAAUACAGUGUCAUUCCAAGACUUUGUGGAGGUGAUGAGUGGUAAAAGAAGUUACAGUUUCAAAUGUGCUGUACAUUGUCGGGACAGAGAGGUUUCUUCAAAUAAUGACUUUCAUUUGAUCGUGAAAAAUACUUCCUUGCUAAAUAAAAUGGCACAUAUUGUUGCUGUCGAAGUACUUCCAGAAGAAAGGGAUCGCAAAUAUUAUGCAGACAACUAUUCUUGUGUCCCUCCCCCUUUAUUCGUUAUUUGCAUUACUCUAAUUGAAUUGGGUAUGUUUACAUACCACACAUUGUCUCUAGGCCAUGUUGAUCCUAGUGGUCCAGUUCCAAUAGAUUCUCUUUUUAUUUAUCGACCAGAUAGGCGGUAUGAAGUUUGGAGAUUUUUGUCCUACAUGGUUUUACAUGCUGGAUGGUUUCAUUUGGGAUUUAAUUUAGUCGUUCAACUAUUAUUUGGGUUGCCCUUAGAAAUGGUACAUGGGUCAUCCAGGAUUGGCUGCAUAUACAUAGCAGGGGUACUUGCAGGAUCUUUAGGUACUAGUGUUUUCGAUCCAGAAGUGUAUUUGGUAGGAUCGAGUGGUGGAGUUUAUUCGCUCUUAGCAGCUCAUUUAGCAAACGUGUUGCUUAAUUUUCAUAAUAUGCAGUAUGGAAUAAUACGAUUAUUUGCCAUUAUUGUGUGUGCAUCUUGUGAUGUUGGAUUUGCAAUUUAUUCAAGAUAUGCUUUGGAUGUCUUGGCAGUGCCUUCUGUGUCGUAUGUUGCUCAUUUAACAGGCGCUUUUGCUGGUUUAACAAUAGGAUUAUUGGUUCUUAAAAAUUUUGAUCAGAAAUUAAAAGAUCAAAUGUUAUGGUGGGUUGCACUUGGAGUAUAUGCUGCAUUCACUGUUUUUUGUAUACUAUUUAACCUAUUUAAUACUGAGAUUGCACAAAAAUUAGAAGAAGAAGGUGGACAUGUAAUCAAACAACACCUUUUUCAAAAUUUUGGCGUUUAAAAAUUCGGGAAUUAAACCUAACAAAUUGAAUUAUGUAAAACAAUCCAAUUUAAAUUAUAUUGCUAUGAUGAACGUACCUACAAUUAACUAUUUCAUACAAAAUAGAGACUUGUAAUAGAGCCGAACUCUAUUUGAAAAUAAGAAAUUUGAAACUAAUUUUUUUUUGAAUAAAGUUUUGUAAGCUUAUUUAAUAAAGUUUAAAGAAAAUGCAAGAAAAAGUUGAGAAGGCCAAAGGUUAUUGCAUUUUUCCAUAACGAUUAAAAAGAAAUCUAGUCAAAUUCAUUUGAACUAAAAUG